UAACCACGUGUGAGGACAAUUCUCCAUUAAGGAGACAGUCAAAACAGAAAACAUUUGGUUAUGCCAUUUAAGGAAACACAAUUCUUUGUCCACCACUUGUAAAACUACAUAAGUCACCCCAACCUCUUAACAAACAAGAACUUGAUCGGAUCGGAUCUGAUUGAAAAUGGAACCCGUUCACGCGUCAGUCCUUCCUGAUGUUCCCGGCGAAAAGACCAAAAUCAGCACCUCCAUCGUCGACACCGCCUCCUCCACCAUGCAGACGUUCGGCCCUCCCAAAAAGAUCCACCAACACCUAUGCGUAUUUCACUUGUACGCGGAUGACAUGACUCGACAAGUGGAAGCACACCACUACUGCUGCCAUCUGAACGAAGAAAUGCGGCAGUGUCUGAUCUACGACCGUCCAGAGGCCGACGCUCGGUUGAUCGGAGUGGAAUACAUAAUCACGGAAGAUUUGUUCCUAACCUUGCCCGAUUCUGAAAAGCCACUUUGGCAUAGCCACGAGUAUGAGGUGAAGAGCGGUGUGCUUUUCAUGCCCGGUGUUCCUGGCACAGUCGAAAGGCAAGAUCUCGAUAAAAUGGCGAAAACUUACGGGAAGGCUAUUCAUUUCUGGCAGGUGGACAAAGGUGAUGAACUUCCACUUGGUCUACCUCAUGUGAUGAUGGCUCUAACACGAGACGGCCAGCUCUACCCCAACCUCGCUAGAGAUAUGGAGACUCGAUAUGGUGUCACAUUCGAGAAGGAAAGGAUGAACAGGUCAAACAUGGAGGGUUUAGCCCACGGAAUCCACCCAAAAGCGAACGCUGCUGGAAUCGGGCUCAAGACUGUGCUACGGGAGAUCGAAUGCAAGCCAUCGGGCCUCCCAAGUCUGGAACCUGUUCCUAGGGAUCUCGUUUGA